AUGUCGUUUCCCGAUCCGUCGCAACCCGAGUUUGGGCAGUCGAUCCCACCCCAUGGCCCCCAUGCCAUCACCACCCAGGGCCACGGCUGGGAGAUCAUGACGAGGUUCCGCGACGGCGACUUGUCGCUUGUCUCGCAAAUGAAGUCGAUGUACCCGCGUUUCGGGCCCUUUGGGCAUUCGAGCGCUGCCACACGUGCCCACGCCACGUCGGCGCACCGCAAGGACAAAGAUCGCCUCGAGGCCAACGAGCUGCGCUACCACGCCGUCGACAUCCACGGCGUGCGUUUGUAUUUGGUUGUCUUCCCCAUGGCCAAGAUGAUGGGCGCGCUGUUCAUGUGGCAGCACGCCGGGCUGGGCUUUAGCACGCGCUUCGCCGAGAGCCUGCUGCCGCACGUCGACGCCCUGACGCACCUCGGGGAGUUUUCCCUGGGUGGUAGUCCGCCGCCGCCGACGUACCUGCCCGAGGGCGAGAGCCACGCGUUGCUGCGUAAGCGCAUCGCCGGGCUGAUGAUGCGCGCGUGCGUGAGAGAGUAUGAGAGGCCCGUCGUGGAGGACGAUGUGUUUCUCUACCAGACGGGCAUGGCGGCCAUCACGCGGUUCCACCACGCCGUAACCACAACACGGUCUGGGCCGGUCGUGGUUUUCGGGGCCGUGUUUCACAGCACGUAUCAUCUGUUCGAGGAGAGCGCGGGAGGUGUCAAGCACUAUGGCAAGUGCGACGGUGCAGAGGUGGACGACUUUGAGAAGUAUCUCGAGGGGGGUGGGGAGUGCAGUUAUGUGUUCACCGAGUUCCCGAGUAACCCGAUUAUGGUCUGCGUGAACCUGAUGAGGUUGAGGAAGCUGGCCGACAAACACGGCUUCCUCCUCGCCGCCGACGACACCUGCGCCAGCUUCUGCAACAUCGACCUGCUGCCGGCGGCCGACGCCGUCAUCACGUCGCUGACGAAGUCCUUCUCGGGCUACGCGGACGUCAUGGCCGGCUCCGUGGUAGUGAACCCCAACACACCGCAGCGCGCAACCCUGAAACACACCCUCGCCUCGCGCUUCCACAACCAGCUCUUCGACGGCGACGCCGCGCACCUGCUCAAGAACAGCGACGACUACCUGCCGCGCUCCAGAAUCCACAACCGCAACGCCGCCGCGCUGGCCGCGUACUUCGCCGAGCUGGCCGCCGACCCGGCCGUCCCCGUGUCGCGCGUCUGGUACCCGCCGCACAGCCCGGGCUCGGAUACGUACCUCGCGGCGUUCCGGCGGAAGGCGACGCCCGACUUCCCGGCGCCGGGCUACGGAUGCCUGCUGAGCGUCGAGUUCGACACGGUGGAUUGUGCUAUUGCCUUCUACGAUGGGCUGAACUUCUACCAGGGCCCGCACCUGGGCGCGCACUUGAGUAUUGCGCUGGCUUAUACUGCUAUGGCGUAUGGUAAAGAUAACUCCGAGUACCACGCUUCGUACGGGCUGAGGCCGCAGCAGAUCCGCCUGUCGGUGGGGUUGGAGGACGAGGCGCUGCUGCUAAGGCGGUGCGAGGAGGCCGUGGCGAAGAUGGUCGUGAAGAUGGGGAAGAAGGGGGAUGGGGAGGCGCUGGCGGCGGAGGUCGAGCGCAGGGUCGCGGACGACGGGGAUGUGAAGACGGGGUUUGAUCCCAUUGGCGGCACGGGUGCUUAA